AUGCAGCUACGUGGUAUUCCGGUUAUAUAUUACUACCUCCUCUCACAAGUGUUCCCAGUUAUCAUCACGACCAAAUCCUAUCACUACGGUAUCAGUGGCAGUUCGAGUAACAACAGUCCGGGUGAGUUUGAAUUGUGUACACUCUCCACAUUACAGUAAGAUUUGAGAAGUGUCAAAGCGACACGGCAAUCACGAAUCGACGUCGAUUUCGCUGAAUCCACUCGAGGACAGUCUGAAGGUUCAGGAGAUUCUCAAAAAGUUGGAAGAGCCCGGCGAGAUGGAACUACGUCGGAAGCCAAAAUCCAGACGGCUUCACGGAGUGAUCAGCAGCGCGCAAGAGCCACUGACGUCGAAGAAGAAGAAGAGGAAGCGACCGUUGAUACCGAGAAGCGAGAAAUCGCCGGCGGUGAGCGAAUUCGAGAUGGAGCUGGCGCGGCAGAUCGAGGAGGAUCAGCUGAAGUUUGUGGAGGACGAGAAGAAUCCGAUGAAGUACGUCGUCGAGAACGGUUUACUCUUCAAACAGUCGAGGUUCUCUCCGUUGGCGCGAGUCGAGAUUCCCGAGAUUGGGCCGAAGAAGAGGAAAAGACGGCCGAAAGUGAAGAAGACGAAAUCGACAUCGGCGCCGAUCUUCCGAACAAACGUGUUUCGCGGGAACAUCAAUCGACAGAUCCCUGCCAUUCCAUUACCAUCGGUAGGUACUCGUUCCGAGGGGGAAUUUUAUAAUUUACACAGUUUGACAAAAGUUCAGCCAUACUCUGCGGCGUACGGAAAAUCGUCGUUUGCGAUUAAUCGCGAAGAAGACGGAAACUGCUACAUCAACCGAUUUGGUAACAUUUUUCUUAAAGUCUGACACGUGGUGCUAAAAACCUCGUUUUAGGCUACCGAUGUUGUGAUCAAGCGCUGGAAUCGAUAAUCAUCAAGAGUUACGAAAAAUUGCGAAGAAGGACCGGAGGCCUGGAGCUCGAGCACGAGUUGUCCAAAAUUGCGUCCACGUUACGAAGGGAGACUAGACAAGUGUAAGUGUUUUGAGGGAAACACGUUUCCUGAGAAACUGAUUUAGAUUCGCCAAAAACUUUGAGGCAAUCGUGUCGACUAGCAACUUUGGCUCCUCGAUUCCGUCGGAAUUCUCGUGUAAAGUGGAGCUCGGCGCGCAGAAAUUCAUCGCCGAAGUGUUCGUGCCGGAUCUGGGUCUCGACACGACUGACCGACGGCAGCGGAUACCGUACCACGAACUUUCGCGCGAAGAUCUCAGCGACUCUGCCGAUUUGGUCGUCUCCAGGAACGGGAUUCUCGUUGCGCAGGUGCUCUGA